AUCACAAAAUAUCAACAAUGUCAAUUGUCAAUCAGUAAUUCAAUAGGUAAUAAUUUGUCGUUGUCCAAAAUAUAAAAUAAAAUAAUUAUUACCUAUUCUCUUAAAAAAAAGCAAAGCAACGAAAACAUAGCUACAAUGUACUUGCUUUUGAAAUAAAAAGUCGUGUCUAAAGGAAUAUAUACGGAAUUAAGUCCCAAAACGUUAAAAGUCCAAAACAUUAUUGGUAUCUAAAUAGUCAAAUUAUAGAUUUAACUACAAUGAUUUUACCUAGAAUAUUUAUGAAAAAUAUAAAAAGAAGUUUCCAUUUAUCUCAAAACUACUAUGUUGAGCAUCGCAACCCUUUCGUUAGAACAUGGGAGACAUUAUUUAAAGAUGUUAAAGCUAGUCUUAAUAUGAACAAAAAUCCAGUUUACCCUGAACAUGUAGAUGUUGUUAUUGUUGGCGGGGGUUUUAUAGGGGCUUCAGCAGCCUAUUGGCUCAAAACUAGAGCGGGUGACGGAUUAUCUAUAGUUGUUUUAGAAAAAGAUCCCAUGUAUACAAAUACACAGAAGAUGUUAUCACACGGUGUGCUGACCCAACAUUUUUCAUUAGCUGAAAACAUAUAUCUCUCACAAUUCAGUGCAGAAUUCUUUCGCAACAUAAAAGAAUAUUUAGGUGAUAAUGUUGAUUUGCAAUACUGUCCAAUAGGGCAAUUAUUGCUAGCAAGCGACAAAUAUGUUGAAAAGUUAGAACAAAAUGUUGAUGCACAGAAAGAUUAUGGUAUAAGAAGCAAAUUAUUAACAGUUCAGGAAAUACAGGACAGAUAUCCAUGGAUUAAUACAUCAGAUAUCAAGUUAGGCUGUAUCGGCACUGAAUCAGAAGGUGUCUUCAAUGCUACAGAACUCCUUAGAGGCUACAUACAGAAAUCUCAAGAACUUGGCGCAAAUUUCAUUAAGUCUGAAAUGAUUGGGUUUGAAAUGGAAGUACAAAGAGAUGUAUUAAUGGAAGGUAUAACACCAGGUUCAUUUCAAAAGAUAAACAGAUUACUUUACAAAACUGAUGAUGGUGAGAUACACAAUUUGAAGUUUGCUGCCUGCGUCAUAGCUGCGGGAACAGAGGCAACCAAUAUUGCUAAGCUAGCAAAAAUUGGUACAUCAAAAGGCUUACUGAAAGAACCUUUGCCAAUUGAACAAAGAGAAUAUAACAUAUAUUCUAUAGAAAAUGCAAAAAAUGAUUUGGCAGUUGGAUUGAAUUCUCCCUUUGUAAUGGAUACAAGUGGCUUAUGGUUGAGAAGAAAUGGUCUGCAGAACAAUCUACUGUGUGGACAAAUACCUUCUAUUAGACAAGACAGCGGUUAUUCAGAUACUGAAGUUUUCCAAGCAUCCUUAGUGAAUAGAUAUCCUCAUUUGAAAGAUUCUGAGAUAAAAGUAGUUUCAACGGAGCUAACAGACUGCAACACCUAUGAUGACACUGGAAUUAUUGGCCCGCAUCCAUACCACAGCAAUUUAAUUUUUGCCGCAGGAUUUGGUAGACAAGGUGUUCAACAUAGUCCUGGGAUAGGUAGAGCUAUUGCGGAACUAGUUAUAGACUGCCAAUACAAUGGUAUUGAUUUCACUAGAUAUGGAUUUGAUAGGAUAUUAAUAAAUGAGCCAUUAAUUGAAACAAAUGUAUAUUAAUUUAUUAAAAGUUUAAUUAAAAUUAAGUUUAUUAAACAACAGAGUAUUUUAUUGGAGUCUUACAAUAAUGAACCAGUAGUGGCAUUUAAAUCUACCGAAGGA